UCCCACAUGCAGGAUACGCUCUGCCAUUGUGGUAUCUCAUACUAGAACCAAACAGCCGUCCACUACUUCCAGUAUUCCCAUAACGAUCUAACUUCAAUUCACUCAUUAAUUCAACUAUUCAACUAACUAUCAUCUCCACAAGACUACACCCAAUCCCUCUUUGAUUAUAUUGACAAAAUAUUGUUUCAUUUCUCGUCUGUUUGUCUUUUCCCAUUUAUUCACAAUUAGGUUUAACGGUUGCUUGUUGUAAUCCAAAAAUCGGUAAGAAAUUUGUACAAACAUUUGCUGAUUGUUAUCCAGAAACUUUAUAUAAAUUUAUAUUAAUUAAUCAUGGUACAUUUUUUCAUGGUAUAUGGAAAGCAAUUAAAGUUUUCAUUGAUCCAAAUACAGUAAAAAAAGUGAAAUUACUUCGUAAAGAAAAAAUUCAACGAACAUUUAAUGAAAUGUUUACCCCAGAUACAAUAACAUGGUUAUUAGAUGAAAUUAAAUUAAAUAAAAUCAAUAUCACAGAAAAUCAAUUGAGAUUUUGGGAAUCACCACAUUCAUAUGAAUUACAUGAUCCACGUGGUACACAUGAAUAUAUUCAACGUUGUAUAGAACCAUUAAAAUUAUUCAUUGAACAACAACAACAACAACGUCAGCAACCACAGCAACAAUCUAAUCAAAAAUCCAUUAUAUUAACAUAUGAUAAUUUAGGUUUAAAAACUCAUAUGCCACAUACAAAUAUUAUGGAUUGUUUAAAUAAAACAUUAAAACAAGUUAAAAUUCAAUCAUUCUAUAAUGGUAAAUAUAUUAAACCAAAUAAAGAAGAAUUACAAGCAUAUGGAGUUGAUAUCAAUGAUAAUCUAUCUGAAAUUAGUGGAGGAUCUGAAGAAGAAUAAUAAUGAUAAUGAUAAUAAUAAUGAAAUGAUUUAAAAUAUGCUCCUUUUCAUGAAUUGAUCUUCUUUUCAUUAAUAAUCUUAAAACUCUAUUUUGAUCUUUCUAUUCUGUUCAUUUGACUUCAAUGAUCAUUGUUCAAUAUAAAGUUGUAUAUUGAACCCUUGUGUAAUAUUUUUUUAUAAAAAAGUUUUUUCGCUUCA